AUGGAUCCAAUAAACGAUGCAAGGUUCUAUGAAUCACUCAUUAAACUACCAGAUCAAAGAACUUCAGAGGAUGUACGUAAUAUUUACGAUCAGUUGCGGCAGCUAGAGAUGUUCGCAAAUUUAUAUGAUGCUCCACUUAAAGCUAUUUGUGCUUCUGCUAGAUAUGAAAGGCAUUCUGUCCAUCAUGUUCUCUUUAGGCAAGGGCAGGUUGCAACUUGUUGGUACAUUUUAUUGUCAGGAUCUGUUUUGAUAGAUGGUAACGUUUGUUUGCCAUACGGAUGCUUCGGCAAGCGUAAUUCGCUCAACUAUAGAAGAUCACAGGAUUGUAUAUGUUUACAUGAAGCAGAAAUGAUAGUGAUUGAUUAUCCUGACGUUGCUCAAAAUAAUUCGGUACGACUAUAUCCUAACAGAAAUCGUCCUCCAGUUCAUUCGGCUGAAACCGAUGCUUUAAUAAUGCCUCCUCCACCAAUACCUCCUCCAAGGCCUCCUAGAUUGCCAAGACCGUCGGAUGCUCAGAAUAUAUUACCCAGAAGUUAUCCUGUGAAUGAUUUUCCUGUUGAUGUACCCUCGACUUCUUUUCCCAUAGGAACUGAUAUACAAAGCAGAGGUGGCAAAAGCCAGGUUUUCAUAAAUGGUUCGUGUGGUGAUGAAGAUACUCUACGAGUGAAACAUAGAAGAGAGAAAAGUAAUUCAAUGGGUAGUUCUCAGAGCAGUGCUGCAGCACGUCGUAAUCGUGUUCGCAGUACUGCUUCAUCUACAACGACAGAAGGUGAAGAGCUAGGCGGUGAACCGGUAGACUCAGACGAGGAAGAUGACGGAUCAUGUCCCUCUCAUGAGAGUUUCCUCGACUUGCGUGACUCAGUCAGAGAAUGCCUGGAGAAAGAACCGUCUGAACGGAACGCAGAAGAUUUGGCUGUUCUACUGGAUUUCAUGCAACACAUGUCUGCUUUUGCUGCAUUGCCCAUGACGAUAAAAAGGCAACUCUGUCUAAAAAUGGUGUUUGCUGUCGUAAAUGAUGCUGGAACAGUUGUUAUGUAUCAUAACGAAAAGCUGGAUUCUUGGUCCGUCAUUGUAAAUGGAUUAGUGGAAGUAGUAAAACCGAAUGGGGAUCGUGUUGAGUACAAACUUGGAGAUUCGUUCGGAGCGGAACCCGUUCCUACCGUUCAGUACCAUGUAGGAGAAAUGAGAACUUUAGUAGAUGAUUGCGAAUUCGUUCUGGUGGAACAUAAGGACUUUUGCUCCAUCAUGUCCACUAUGUCGGAACACAUAGAAAAAGACAGAGACGGUACAACGGGAGAAGUUACAGCAGAACACGAAAGAAGAACAUUGGGUAGUCAAAGUGGCGCCGUUAUAAUUAAGGCUAAGCCUGAUAGGUUAAUCCAACAUUUGGUUGAAGAUCGAGACAAAAGUUUAGAUCCGCAUUAUGUUGAAGAUUUCCUUUUAACGUAUAGAGUGUUCGUUCAAGAUCCAACUCAAAUUUUUGAAAAACUUAUGCUUCUAUUUGCUGAUGCUCAAUAUCGCGACAAGGUCGCUCGUGUAAUUUUAUUAUGGGUUAAUAAUCAUUUCAAUGAUUUUGAAACUAAUGACGAUAUGAUGAAAUUGCUCGAUAGAUUUGAAGGAGCAUUAGAACGAGACAACAUGAAUAGUCAACAGAGCCUUCUUAACAUCGCAUGUUCUGUGAAAGCCCGACAAAGAACAAUUUCGUAUAAACGAAGUAACAAGGAUGAACCGCUGAAUUUCAAAAUGGCCAGCAGUAAAGAUUCUGCUGGAGGUGGUGUGUUCAUAUCAGAUGUUAUCCCCGAUACUACGGCUGAGAGAGCUGGGCUUAAACGUGGUGAUGAAAUCCUUGAAGUCAAUAAUCAAAAUAUGAAGUUUAUAUCUACAGCGAGAGCUGAAGAGCUCAUUACGGGGUCACUCAGCGUAAACAUCGUUGUGAAAAGUAAUAUAUUUGGUUUCAAAGAACUAUUAGAACGUACUGAGAGGGAUAUAAAUGGACCAAAAACAAGAACAAAGUCCCUUGCGGGAACUUUAUGCCAAAGUCGGAACAGCAUUCCUUCAGUCAUUCCUGUGAAAACUCCAAAAAUAGUAAAAAUGAUGGGCACAAAAACUAGCAUGAUGGACAAGAUCUUGACUAUGCUUAAAUCAUCUAAAGAUGAUGAAUUUAUCGAUGAAAUCGGCAGAACAUCUUCAGAAUUACGCUCGAGUAGAUCUAAUCCGGAUAUCGCUUCGUUAUCACAGUAUUAUGGACCCGUGAAAAGAGAGUGUCCUGAACAUGUUUUGAAAAUAUACAGGGGGGAUCAAUCAUUCAAAAUGUUGCCUGUAUAUAAAGAAACAACUGCUCAAAACGUUGUACAACUAGCUCUACAAGAGUUUGGAAUGACAGCGGAAGGGAGCUUAGAAUGGUCUCUCAGUGAGUGUACUGUUACGGAAAAUAAAGCGAUAGUGCAACGUAAGCUACCUCCACAACUGGACAACUUGGCUGAAAGAAUAGGAUUGAACAGCCGAUAUUAUUUGAAAAACAAUAAUCGCUCCGAACCUCUGAUUCCCGAUUCCUUGGCAGCAGAAGUCCUGAAAGAAGCUCAGUCAACACUUCUCAUGUUAAACGCUCAUGUUGUGGCUGCCCAACUUACUCUUCAGGAUUUCAGCGUGUUCUCUUCAAUAGAACCUACCGAGUAUAUUGAUAAUCUGUUCCAGUUGAACUCGAGAUAUGGUUCUCCUCGUCUACAUGAUUUUGAACAGCUUUUCAAUCGAGAAAUGUGGUGGGUUGCCACCGAGAUUUGCCGAGAGAUAUCGUCACAGAAGCGUACCAAGCUGAUUAAGAAAUUCAUUAAAAUCGCAAGACAUUGUCGGGAGUUAAGGAAUUUCAAUUCCAUGUUCGCCAUCAUGAGUGGUCUUGAUAAACCUGCUGUUAGAAGAAUGCACACAACAUGGGAAAAAGUUCCGGGAAAAUAUAUGAGAAUGUUGGAAGACAUUCAACAACUUGUAGAUCCUUCACGAAAUAUGUCUAAAUAUCGGCAGCAUUUAGCGGAGGUUUCCCAGGAACCACCGGUUGUUCCCAUAUAUCCAAUUAUUAAGAAGGAUCUCACAUUCACUCAUGAAGGCAACCCUACUUAUGUAGAUAAAUUGGUUAAUUUUGAGAAGCUUCGUCUGAUAGGAAAAGCUGUUCAUAUAGUCACCAAACUAAGUAGUGUACCUUAUGAACUUUCUAGCAUGGCAGAGAGGAGUGGAGGUACCAUUAACGAUGCACUCAUUCAUAUGAACAAUUUCGAAAAUGGGAACGUCGCUACUAUGAGGAAAGGCGGGCGAGUCAAUAAUCAACAGCCGAAAAAGGUAUACGAGCAGGCUCUAAUGGUUCGCAAAGUGAAGGCUUAUCUGUCCGACUUGAAAGUCAUUGACAAUGAAGCGGAGCUGGACAGAUUAAGCUAUCACAUGGAACCAGCACAAGCAACCAUGAAAGCUAGAAGAGCUCCAAGCCCUUCUCCUUCUUCUUUGUCUUCGCAAUCUACUGGAUCUACAUCAACCGAACAGCGCAGAUUCAUGGGCACCAAGUUUGGUGUUCAGUCACCUCAAGCAGUUGAGAAGAUGUUCUCAUUGGUCCAUUCUAGUAAAGUGAAAGAAGUAGCGCCUUCUCCCUCUUCAUCGCCGGCUUCUGGUAGAUUACAAAGAAACGUCCCACGUGUAACUCCUCGUCAGUCAUCAGCAUCAUCUAUACAUCGAAUGCCAUCUUUCAAACAAGAAGCGGUAGAUUUGAAUCAGGAGACGAGCGCCGUAACAACUUUCCAUGGCAAAGAUAGCAGUUCAUCAGCUUCUUCUUCAGCUUGCUCUUCACCCUCUGUAUAUCGUAAUAAAUAUAGAAAUGCUCGUCUUCAAUCAAGUAGAUCAUCUUAUCCAGCUGGUAAUGGAGGUGUUCUUCUUGGUCAUCGGGUUGUGCCUCAUUUUACGCCAUCUAAUGGAGUAUCAAGUAGAAAUCAUAAGCUCACCACAAUUCUAGACUCUAACUUGUUGAACUCCGAGCAAGUAUCGCGAGUCUAG